GACGCCAUUUUCUUUUUGUGUGCAAGUUACGUAAGUGGAGUCCCAGAUUAUUUUAAUUACUGUACUGUAUUAUGUUACGAAAAACAAAACAUGUAAACAGUCGAUGUAAACCUUUUGAAUCAAUCUCUAGUCCAUAUUUGGAAAUUCGCAUCUAUGACUCACAUCUUGAUCUGUUUAUUUCUUACACACACAAAUAGUGUUUAGCUUUAGCUACUAUCUAAAUGUUAGCAAUGGUGAUGAUUUCCAAGUAAACAUUAAUUCACCUCAUGUCUUUUUGAAAAUAACCAUUAAUGGGUCAUUGAAUUACCGGUAGUUGUUUAUUGUGUAUGCUGUCAUCAUUUCGAUUUUGCUAACUGCUAUACUUCUGCAAGACGAAGUUUAUUUGACUGUACAGUAAUUAACUCUUGGCAACAAUUACAGUAAUGUAUCACUUGGGAGUUCAAACUACUGAACCAGUGCAAGAGAGCACAGAUGAUGCAGUGGUUUACAGCAGGAGCCGUAACACUACAAAGACAGAUCUCUCUUUGCUGCUGGAAUGUCUAAAGUUCCAGAUGAACUGUCCAGACCUACAAAAACAAGCCCUUGUCACCAUCAACUCCAUAUGUGAGAAAAAAGAUCACAAUGUGGACCUGCUGAGAGAAAUAGGAGGUGUGAUGUUUGUGUACAGUCUCUUCAAAUCCAAUGUGGUUCAUCCAAGUGUGAGGCAGACUGCGCUCUUCACACUCGGCACUUUGGCGGAGGCCAAUGUGUACUGCAAGAAUAGUCUAUGUCAAAGGGAGAUUUUUCUGGACCUCUGUGGCUACAUGAAGGAAGAAGAUGCAUCACUUAAACAGAAGAGCGUCUCUGUCUAUUUACUGUCUGUGUUGGUAGCCAACAACAAGGCAGGGCAGACGUUAGCCCAAACCACUGGCUGCAUAGAAUUUCUGCUGAACCUCUUCAAGAACAUGUUCCCUGAAUCUACCGCGGACUCUGCUCAUAUCUGUCUAUGGGUAUCAGUGUCCAAUGCGCUUUGUGGAUGUGUCAACAACCCUCAGAAUGAGGAGGCUCAGUGGGUCUGUGUGUCAUCCUUUCCCAAAAUAAAAAUGUGGCUUCAGCAGAUUUCUUUGCCUUGCUUUGAGGUGUUUAGAUACCUUUGCUCCUUCAUAGCGAUGACUGUUGCCAACAAUGAACGUGUUCAAAGGAGCUUUGCCGCCAUCGGGGUGUUAGAGACCCUUGUUCACAUGCUGAUCCGUCUGGCGUCUGAAUCUGACACAAGCCCGUUGUUUUGCCAGCUUUUAAUCAUAAUAAUCAAAACAGUGUCAGCUUGUAUCGCUAACAACGCAAACCUGGCUUCAGUUUUGGCCCGCUAUACGAUCGUGGAUCAUCUCGUUUCCCUGCUGGCGAGCCCGCACCUCAACUACGAGGACAGACUGGCGGUGCUCAUCUUACUGGGCCAUUUCACCGAAGCUUCUGAGGAACACCAAUGCCAACUGUUGCGGUGUGGCGGCCUGCCACUCAUCAUCACGCUGCUCGCUGAAGAUGCAAACGAGGAGGUCAGAAAGUUUGCAACGUUCAUACUGCAGAUCUGCAAACAGGCCAUCACGGCCUUGGGAAUCCCCGGUCCAAAGCGAGACGAUGAGAAGCUUGCCACAGCAGCCACUGAAGAGUUUGGCCCAUUUUCUUUUCCUACAACCUCACAGCUCAACCUCAAAGCUCUUUGUGUCUUGAAAAAUCGCGAUUCCUCCAAUGUAGUCAACUCGAAGGAGGAAAAUGAAAAAGAAGCAGGAGGAAGACAUGACAAGAAUACAAAGUCAUGUGCUGAGAAAGAGAAGGGUAAAACCGGCAGAAGGACUGUGUCAUGUUCAGUGUGUCACGGUACUGGAUCGCUGAUACAGUCCCAUCUACAGCAACAAGAGGGAGGGCAAGAUACAUCUACAGUAGACAGUCCCCCAAGGAACUCUCCAGAGCAAGACCACCAAGUACCAGGGGCGAUUAAAUGCAGUGAUGGAGAAAAAUUGCAGGACAGUGACAUGUUUGUGGAGAAAAGGCACAAGGAAGAAUCCCGCUACGGUGAAAGAUGUGCAGGUUGCGUCAUGCCUUUUGAGAGAGUGACCAGUCGCACUUUUGCCUCUGUCCUGGACAUCUGCCAUCAGAAGUGCGAAAUGCACAAGGUCCUUCUGGAGGCGACAGCGCGCUUCAACGCCCCCCAACGCCGCUCUCUGAUGGAGGAAGAGCUGGAAAUGCUGGAACCGACCCAGCUGAAACCAGAGGAGGAGUCUGUUGGGGCGCCACAGAGAACGCUCACAAGCUGGAGGCUUCCGCGUUUGAAUUUAAAAAAUGUCAUCCUGAUUCCCACCUAUAAUGGAUCAAAGCAAAAGAUGCCUGAAAAGAUUUGGAACUGGCAGAAUGGUCUUCAAUCUCCACUGACAGACAUCAACUUGGUCCCGAUGAAAAGAGGAGCUCAAACACCAGGGUUCCCUUUUCACAACAUGUCCGGUACGUAUAUGCUGUAUUUAUUAAUCAUUACGGCGGCAGCGCGUCCAAUGUAACGUCGUACACUUACGGCUGAAAAGCGAUCAUACUCAGUCUUAAAAAGAGCUAUCAGUUUGAUGUGAGGCGCUUCUACACAGCUCCAAUUCAUGACCUCAAAGAUACUGUACAUCGCUUGUAUUAGCUCUUGGUAGAUUGUGAAGGUAUGUUCAUAUUGCACUGACACAAACACAUUCAAGAUUGAUCAACUUUAGGUAAAAGCAUGAAAAUGAGCUUGUAUUGGGAGGGGGGAAAAAACACCCGAUAUUUAAAAAGAUCUACUAGACUCACACACUCUAAUAUAGUGUGUAGUGUAUAUAGGAAAUUUACAAAUGUGCUCAUUUAUCCCACAGCAUUUAUCUUUUUUUUUUUCUGUGCAACGUUAGAGGCCCUUUUUUUUUCAGAAAAUUUUCCAAUUUCGUAUUUUGUGACCUGAUGACCAUUCAACUCCACUGUACGUUCUCACUAAUUUGAGAUGGGCUUUCCUGAGAUUGCCUCAGGGUGAAUAGUGAGUGUGUAUCGCCAGUGGAUGAGUGACUGAAAGUGCGUCUGUGUGUGUGUGUGUGUGUGUGUGUGUGUGUGUGUGUGUGUGUGUUUGCUGGGAGCAGUCAAACUAAAAACCAAAUAGUAGAAGGAAUGUUUGAAUUGCAGCCAGUGUUGUCACAGUGCAGGCCAGUGCCGGUUGAGAGCUGCACAGCCACGAGAUUCUAGACAGCUGCUACCUUGCCUUUCAUUCUAUUUUGUACACGCACGGCAUAGUGUGAAUUAUGUGGUCAUAUUUGCCCAUAAUCGAACCUUCCUUCAACAGUUUUUGCAGAUUUGAGCCAACAGGAAGUGUCUGAGCGUCGUGUUUGAUGAAUGCACUGUUUGUCACUCAGCUGUCAUGCCUGAGAUGAAAUGUUAUUUCUAUUUUCCAAUUUGCGGGCAAUUUGUUUGGUAGCGCAAUGACAGACACAUGCAAGCCCACCGCUAACUGUCAAACCCCAAAGUUGUUCGAGAGAGCGUGACGGUCAUGCUGCUCUUCAACUGUCUGCCAGAAAGGUUAAAGGGAUGAAGCGCAGAAAAGAAAGCAAAUAACAGUUCCCAUCAAACAAGUUUGAAUUUGCCCACUGCCUGAUGAUUGUUCAGCUCUAAAAAAAAAAUUUAAAAGCUUUGCGUUUUUCCCACCGACACUAGAGAAAGAAGGGUUGCGAAACUCAAGCCUGAUUGUUUCCCAACCACCACUGCCAUCAAGCCUUCCACACUUUAUUUCGUGUUAGUUGGCAUUACAUGCAUACUGUAACACUUAACUGCCCACUGCAGCAUCAGGAUGUUCUGCAACUCGUAACACGGAUCUAUAAAACGCUGAUUUCAGAGUGUCCUUGACACACAAAAGGGGAAGUUUUUAUAAACAGUCCCUGAUCUUGCAAAUGCAACACGGUUGCCACAGAGAUAAUCAUGUUUGCUUUUAUUAUACAAAGAGGAUUUUUUUUCAAUUAAACUUUUGCACACAAAUGUUGAAUUAAAAAAAAACUCAAAUGUUGGAAAACGAACAGUUCUGAGAUGGUUCAAAAAAGAAAAGACAACUAAACUGUGCUAGUGAUUCUUUCGUGGCUCGCUCGAUGGAGCCUGCAUCCCCCCCCCCCCCCCCCCUCCUCCCCCGAUGUAUUUAUUUGUGUUCUGGCAGAUCCAUUGGCAGUGAGCCAAUAAGGUACAGCUCAUAUGGCAUUUGAAAUGGUCUGAUUUGGAUUCUGAAGAUUCUCAAUCCCAUGUUUUUUGUUUCUCUCUAUCCUAAUCAUGCCAUUUGAGAUCACAAUCGUGGAAUUGUAUCAUUUGAAACCAUUAAGUGGAAAUGAAAGUGAAGUCUUAUUUCUGUCCUCAGACAAGUAAAGCCACAGGAUGCUGACCGUGUGUGUGAGAGACUCUGUACACCUUCAUCAGACUCAACAUAAACUGUUUUGGCUACAGAGCCUUCAGUUCGACACUGUAGUUUAUCUUCAAAUUUGUUCACGUCUGCUGAGUAAUGAGUUGUUCUACUUCACAUGCAAACUAUUUCUGCUGCACUUCUACGGGUGCGUGGUCAUUGUUAGUAAUUGUUCAUAUUGUUAGGAAUUUGUUGUCAUUUCUGAAUUAAAACAUAUGGAUAAGCCUCGUCUCUGAUCGUA